GCCCCAUCCAGAAACCCAAAGACUACAGCGAUGACACGGUUCUGGAUGGGGUCAUACCUAAGAAAAAUAAAAAUUUUACCCAUUGAUCUUAAAGUUCCAGUGUCUUUUAACCUUCCUCCUGCCUAUGCUUUUAUCCAAAAGUUUUUAAGUCAUUUUAAACUUGAACAGGAAGAGUUGCAAAUUUUAACUAACCACCGUUCUCUCAUCUCUGUUGUGCAGGAGCGUGACUCAGUGAGUCCAGUGCGCGGGCUUGCACUCGGCGAGCCCUCUACAGUUUGGAGCAGUGUAAACCAUCCUGUUCUUCCAAACAGACUCCGGGACCUGUCAUGGAUGGUGGCUCAUGAGAUCCUCCCGGUCAGGUCCGUGAUGCACUCUCGGGGCAUGUCAAGGUCCUCAACUUGCCCUCGACCAGGUUGUGAUGCGCCUGAGUCUGUGAGGCACCUGCUCUGGGAGUGCAGCGCUGCCGUAGAACAGUGGGCACUGGCCGGCUCCUUACAAUUCCCGUGCUUACCAGCAGGGGACGUCCUGACAGCACAGCUGGUGCUGUAUGGAGUGGGCCAAAGGCCGCAAAGCCAGAAAGACUUUGCGGCACAAUGGCUCACUCUAGCCGCCAUCAAAGACGCCACAUGGACCUCCAGGAACUUGCUGGUAAGGAAGCACAAGCAGAUCCCCCCCGUGGCUGUGAUCCGGAUGGCAGCAGCGACGGUCACGAUGGCCCGAGCUGCAGGCGGCAAACCUAGGACACAGCCACAAAGAAGAAUCGCCUCUGUGCCCAUUCGGAUGAAGGAGCCGGAGCCACACGGGAAAAGUUCAAGGCAGCAGCGGCCUGGCUCUCCGGGAGAGGCAGGUGGGAAGGAGCCGUAGGGUGAGGGUCUCCUCUGAGCACCAGGACAGGGUCCCGAGAGACCACAUCUGUUUGGGAGAACAAAAUGAGUGAUUCUUGUUAGGGGCUCACCACGCUCCUGCACAACAGUUAACUGGAAGAAGAGAACUUUUAACAAAUGCGCUCUUUUAAAAGUUUUACUGAGGAUUUUAAGAGACACAAAGGACACUUUUAUGUAUCAUGGACAUUUUAAUGGAAAAACUUAAAUGGAAUCUUUUAAACUGUUCUGAUUUUAUGUAUUGCGAUUGUUUUGUUUUAUUGUGCAAAUUACAUUGAAAACACAAUGUUGAUGGAACAUGAGGAUAAACAAAGACAAGAUCCUUUGUUUGGUCGUAAUACCCUUGAUCCCUGAAAAUGCUGAUUUAAAGGUCCAGAUGUAAAUGUGAUGAUGAAACCAAUGAACUAAGUGUCAAUAAAAUUUUUCGAAAGAA